AGCAGAUCAGACCGCCCAGGAGAACCGGACACUCACAGCUCCACUCGCCUGCUGUUUGCGGAUCAUAUCGGCAUCAUUUCAAGCCGUUUUCAGCGAGACUCUUCCCCGCAGAGUACGCCUACCAUCGGCGUGCAUUUCCUUCCGUGCUUCUGUGGCGCGCGCGGAAGAGAGCGCGCAGUAAUAAUGGCAAGAUACGGCGUGUUUUCGUUAGAUUGCAUUUCCGAAGAAUGAUCCAUCCAUCAGUCGAUCGCAUUUCACGAGCACAGACGUCCUCCUUUAUGCACUGGACGUAGACUUUCAUGCGCAGGGGAGAGUUUUUGAGCAUGCACGGCGCAUAAGCAGAGGAAACCAACAGUUUUUGCAAACACUUGGACCGCAUUUCGCCGUCGCGUCGCCUCUUGAUUCGAUCUUUGGAUGUAUUUUUGCGGCUCUUGUCUGCUGGAGUGAUGUGCAUUGUGGCAAACGCGCGUAGAUGAUAUGAAGUAACCUGCGAUGUUGCAAUUUUGGGGGUUAUCUAUUGAGAUAUGUCUUGUUUCGUUCUGCAAACUUCAGCAUUGCACUGUUUGGCCAUGAGACUUGAUCAUCAGCGUCAUUAGAAAGCAGUUGUGUGUAAGAAUAUGGAUGCUUGAUUUUUAAUGCAAGGGGUUUGAUGUGCAUUAACGUCACUUUCUAAAUUACAGCGAGUCUCAUUAACUUCAGAAAGCUUGCUUUUUAAUUAAUGCGUUUUAGUGGGUGGUCAUUAAUGCUAUGCAUGACAUUUUAGCUCUCUUAAAUGCUGCUUUUGACUUUAUAAAGUGCAUUCAAGUUUAGUUCAGCAUCGUCAACGUGUUUGCGGUCACCUUAAUAUACAAGGCAUUUUAAAUGCAUUAAUGUCAUGCAUGUUGGCUGUGCAUGCGCAUACAGACUACUUUAAUGCAUUCAGAAUGCAUUCAUAACCCCAUUGCUUUUCGUACUAAUUUAGCCCCAUUGUCAUUUCUCCAGAAAUCAUUAUAUGUUUGAUUGGCGUUGUGUGUGAUACUUGUGAAUAUUAUUUAUAAUAUCCUGCUUUAACCUCACAGAAUACACUCAAGUCCAUCAAGUUUCAGAUUCAUCUCCUAGAUACGCGUCGUUGUCAUCUUUAGGAGGCAGUGUGUAGAUACUUUUGUCCGAGUCGCAUGCUGGUUUGCCAGAUGAGAUGUUCUGAAACUGAAGGAAACCGCUGUUGACACUGAUGCGCAAUGACGCUCUUGCUGUGCGCGAAUGUGUCGACUCCACCUGUAGUUUCUUAAAUCGAUUGAUCCUGAUAGAUUUGGGCACUGUGAACAGGCUAGAGUUCAUUCUGCGCUUUCUAGCACACCAGAAACACGUGGGGUUUGAUCGCACGCAUAGUGUGUUUUUAUUUCCGUACAUUAGUGUAGUAUCGCGCGUAUUAAAUGGUGCUGCGAAAGUUACCCGGUGUCUCCGCAUCGGGCAUGGGGCUUCGUCUUUCUCAGAAAUUCGUCUUUCUGCUGUUCCUCUCGGGCUUGGUCACUCUGUGCUUCGGGGCGCUUUUCUUCUUACCCGACAGCGUGCGUCUGAAGCGCAUUUUCCUCUCCAAAAAUGAGAGUCCCGCGGUGACCGUGGGCUCCGACAACGAGCUUUCCAAAAAGAUGCCCGGGGACCCAGAGCAUCAGCGCGCGGGUUUAAAGGGUGCUGAGGCCAAUCUCAAACUGAAAGUGAGCCGCAAGCCCUCGGUCACCCAUGGAGCGAGAACCGUGGAGAGAUCGGUUGGAAGCCGGGCGCAGGACGAGUGGAGCCCGGCGAGGGCGCAUGAACCAGCGGCCAGGGACGAGCGGGUCACCGCGGCGGCUCAUAACCGGGAACACAGCAGCUCUUUCAACUAUGAGGCGUUUAAAAAGUGUCUCCUGAAACCAGCUCUGGGAAAGGACCAGGGAACUCCAUCUGACUCCGAGACGCUUCAGAGGAGGGAGAAAGUCAAAGAGAUGAUGAAGUUUGCCUGGGACAACUAUAAGCUUUACGCUUGGGGAAAGAAUGAACUCCGACCUCUGACCAGGAAUGGACACAUCGGGAACAUGUUUGGUGGUCUACGAGGAGCCUCAAUCGUGGAUUCUCUGGACACGCUGUACAUCAUGGGCCUCAUGGAGGAGUAUGAAGAAGCAAAGGAAUGGGUCCAAAACAGCCUCGACCUGAACUCGAAUGGUGAGGCAUCUCUGUUUGAGGUCAACAUUCGUUAUGUUGGCGGUCUUCUUUCUGCGUUUUACCUGACUGGAGCUGAGAAGGACCGGACCCAGAGAACACCCAGGCAAGAGAGAAAGCCCAGCUUGACCGUCUGCCGCCACGUGUCACACACUCAGGACCAGGAGAAGGAGCCUGCUCCAGCAGCUUUCUCGUUCUCCCCCUUUAAAAGAAGCUUUGGAGGAACUCAAAAAGACUCUCUCAGUAGCGUGAAGGUUCUGAAAGCGAAAAGGAGACUCUGCGAUGCACAGCAGGCAUCUUUAUACAAUAUUGAUUCCACUAAACUGGGUCCAGAGGCGUUCCGCUUUGACGGAGGAGCAGAGGCCACAGCCACACGUCUGAGUGACCGAUACUACAUCCUCAGGCCAGAGGUCGUCGAGAGCUACAUGUACAUGUGGCGUCUGACACACGACCCCAAAUACAGAGAGUGGGGCUGGGAGGCCGUCGAGGCUCUGGAGAAGCACUGUCGUGUGGAUGCGGGUUUCUCAGGAAUCAGAGAUGUUUACGCCACCACAGAUAGUCACGAUAACAUGCAGCAAAGCUUCUUCCUGUCCGAGACGCUUAAAUAUCUGUACCUGCUGUUCUCAGAAGAUGAUCUGCUGCCGUUGGAGGAUUGGGUGUUUAACACAGAAGCUCAUCCGCUUCCCAUCAUCCGCAAAACCUGCAGUACAGACGGACAGACGCCACUGGAGUAACAUCACACACACACACACACAGCUUAAACACGGAUUCAGAUGCAGGGCUGAAACCUCACAGCCCUGACAUGGAUUCUCAGCUCCUUUCCUGUAAAGGAUCUUUUCAUAGAUAAUAAAUAAAUAAUUAUAUAUAAAUAUAUAUAUAUAUAUAUAUAUAUAUACACACGCUGUGAUUGUAUAUCUCUGAGCCGAGACUCUCUGGAAGUCAGAAGUCGGCACAAUUUUUUCCGUGGACAAUCAGUGAAACGUGACUUUCUUGAGAAGAGCACCUUUUUUCUUUGCUUCUUUCCUCUGUGAGGAAAAAAAAAACGAAUAACUUGCAGCCCCGAAUCUGUGGGAGGAGCGGCGUGUGAUGGUGGGCCGCGCCGAGCGAAAGAGAAAACCACUUUUCUUUCACGUCUCACCUGUAAUUUAUCUUUUCUCUCAUGCUUUCAUUGUGUAUUCCUUUCCCAGCUCUUCUGCCAAAGCGGUUGCGGUCUUUCUCUUCCAUUUCUCUCUCUCUCCAACACCUGUGAUCUAUGAUUUAUCUCCUUUUCCUUUAUUAUUCCUUUGCGAAACGUAUUUGUACAAGCAGGAAGCUGAAUGAUGUCAUUGGCGGGACGUGAUUGUUUUUGUGUGAUUCUAGUGCUCGUCUUUUUUAAACUGGUAUUUUUUAUACUGCGAGUGUGUGUGUGUGACAUGCCGUGUUUCUGAGACCAGCAUCGUAAGAGUGGGAAAACACACACACUUGCACUGACACCGUAUGGCCACUAGGGCUGGGCGAUCAUUCAUUCAUUUUCUUUUCGGCUUAGUCCCUUUAUUAAUCAGGGGUCGCCACAGUGGAAUGAACCGCCAGCUUAUCCAGCAUAUGUUUUACAUAUCGGAUGCCCUUCCAGCUGCAGACCAGUAUUGGUAAGGCUGGGCGAUCGAAUAUUAGCUUGUUUUAAUUAAAUUAUUUUAUUUUGGUUAUCAAUGCCAUAUGUUUACUAAAUAAAUUAAUAAUUACCAGUACCAAAAAAAUUCAACACUGUAAAAACAUAAUAAUUAUAAGUUGAAUCAAGCUUAUAAGCCUCACAGCAACAAGGUCGCUUGUUCAAGUUCUGGCUAGGUCAGUUGGCAUUUCUGUGUGGAGUUUUGCAUGUUCUUCCCGUGUUAGCGUGGG